UACAAAAUAUAGUUUCAAAGCGUUUGAAAGUACGACCAGAACCAAUUAGUACGUUCGAAAAUGUGGUGGUCGAGUUAUCUUCUCCUCGCCUACAUGCUGCAUAUCGCCGCCAGCGUCAAAGUUAAGGUGGUCAUGCAUUCCGAUUCCCAAGACGACUCACGGAUCGAGGAGGACUACUCUACAACAGACAACUGGGAAAAGAGACACACCACCAUGCUUCCCUAUAUUAAGAAGCACUCAAAACACAACAGACGGGAGAAAGAGUACGAGGACAGAAGAGAAGUGAAGCCUACCACAGACAAGGCGGUCACCCCUCUCCAUCCAAACUCUGUGCUCUUCUCUUUAAUCUACAAGCAGAUCAAUAUAAACAGCAUGUUCAUGUUCGAACAGACUUGGUACACUUGGUCGACGGAGAGUCGUAAUGAUGGCUCGAAAAACGUCAUUUAUUACAUCUGCUAUAAAGAGCCUAAGCAUUGUGACGAAGUUGGUUGGGAACGUACCGACUCGCUGCCCCGAUGCGCGUUCGAGAUCGAUUCUCUGCUGCCUGACGACCGUGCCUGCAUCAACCCAUUCGGCGUGGAGCCGCAUAUCUCCAACGGGUGUGAUGGUGGCGAACAAAUCAAGGUGAAAGAGAUCGUCCGUGCGUGCGGGCCGCGGAUCCGGUCGCUGUGGCGGUUCGUGCGCGUCGGCGCGCGGCCCACCGGCGUGCCCAAGCCCGCCGACGUCAACUCGCUCGUGUGCGAGGACGAGGAUGAAUGCAUCGUCAACGUCGAGUACAGGAUUCAUCACGAUCGCAUCACGUUCGCGCUAUACGAGCCAAGUCGAGGGCAGACGUUCAAGAGCGCCCUAAAGCGAGACCUCCUCGACUACGAUGGCAAAAUGACCACAGCUCCGUCCCACCAUCGCCACCACCAAACCAAAAAAGUGGAAGAACACAAACCAACCCACCCAAGAAACAAGUACCACGUCAAGACCAGGUCGAAAGUCGAAGGCAAAGGUGUCGAAAAAGAGAAAAAUGACUCGGGAUACGUGAGCAGGCGAUCGACUAAGAAUAAAAUAAAAAUUAGAGAAGAGGACUCGGAAGAUAUAUCGGAUAACUAAAUGUAGGUAGGUACCUACAGUAAGUAAAUCGUUAUUUUAUAAGACUCAAAAUA